CACAACAGAAUCUAAAGGCUCAGGAAAACUUCUGUUCAUCAACAUAUCUUUCUUCCACUGUUAAAUUCUGUUUCUUCAAUCUCCAUUUCACAUACUUUCUCUCUCUCUCUCAUCUCUUCUUCUUCUCUCCCAUUUCGUGGUUUCCCAUAAUCAUCUCACCAGCCGAGGUUUGAUGUCUCUGCCAAAGGAGCAGGACUAUGUAGGCUUGACAGAGCUUCCUUCAAUGGAAAAAGGAUCAGACAAGUUUUCUCAGAGAAACACCAGUGGCUUGAACCUCAAGGCCACUGAGCUACGACUUGGACUACCUGGGUCCGAGUCACCGGAGAGGGACGGUGCCGGGAAGAGUGCGGCGAUGUGUGGGGCCAACAGGGGUUUCUCAGACACCAUUAAUGGUGGUUCUGGGAAGUGGGCUAUGUCAGGCAACGGAGGAUCUGAUAUGGGUUUGGGCAAAGAGGGCGGUUUGUUCUCUCCCAGGGGUGGCGCCAACCCACAACCAUGUUUAGGUGCUUCCCUUGCCAAAGACAGCGUCCCAAACUCACCAAAGACAUUGUUGCAGGAGAAGAAGCCCCAGAUAUCUGCUCUUCCUCCAAAGGAGCAAGUUGUGGGGUGGCCACCAAUCAGAUCCUUCAGGAAGAAUUCGAUGACAUCUAAUCCCCAGAAGAACGCUGAUGAUGCAGAAGCCAAGUCUGGAUGUCUUUUUGUCAAAGUAAGCAUGGAUGGAGCCCCCUACUUGCGGAAAGUGGAUCUCAAAAACUUUGGUAGUUAUCGCCAACUUUCUUCAGCACUCGAAAAGAUGUUCAGAUGUUUUACGAUCACUCAGUGUGGAUCUCAUGGAAUUUCGAGUCAUGAUAAUUUGAGUGAAAGUAGGUUGAAGGAUCUUCUUCAUGGUUCAGAAUAUGUGCUCACAUACGAAGACAAGGACGGUGAUUGGAUGCUAGUUGGUGAUGUACCCUGGGAGAUGUUCACUGCCUCUUGCAAGAGAUUGAGGAUAAUGAAGAGUUCUGAAGCAAUUGGCCUAGCACCAAGAGCAAUGGAGAAGUGCAAAAGCCGAAACUAGGGCAAUGCUACAACUGAUGAUACAUAUAUUGGAGCAUAUACACAAGAGGUGGCUUUCUUCCCUGUUUAUGUAUAAUUAUCGCAAUCCUGCUAAUGGGAAUUCCGCGUGUUAUAGACUUGUUAGCAGACAAGACAUUUAGUAGAAGGUUUUAAAAUUUCUAACGCUUGUUGAAUCGUCCUUGUCUGAGACCUGUUAAGGCUAAAGAGUUAUAUUUGUAUGUAAAUUUCAUAUUUAUGCAGCAACUUAUUGUCUCUAGUGCUGUAAAAGCCAGUGAAUGUAAGCGAUCAUUUUGUUAUCUAUAGAAUGAAGGAACAGAUUAAACCGA